AUGGAGAAUGUGAAUUUGAAUAAUAAUUGCUAUCAUUUAGCCAACGAACAAGGUUACAGAUCUCAUGCAGCGUUGAACCUCAUCCAACUCGACUCGAAAUUUAGUUUCUUUCGGUCCUCCCGCAGCGGUGUCCUCGAUCUCUGUGCCGCCCCUGGCGGUUUUAUGCAGGUUGCCGUCCAGCGUGUUCCUGAUGGAACCCUCGUUGUUGGCAUCGAUCUCCUGCCUAUUCCCCCUAUUCCCGGAGCCAUUAGUGUAGAAGAAGAUAUAAGCAAGCCUCAAUGCAAGGCAACGAUCAAGAAGCUAAUGGAGGAGCAUGAAUGCUUAGCUUUUGAUUUGGUGCUGCUUGAUGGUUCAUCCAACGUUAGGGGUGAUUCGGCUCAAGAGGCCACUGACCAGCUGAAUGCUCUGUUUAUCGAUUCUGUCAAGCUCGCUACUGAAUUCUUAGCACCAAAAGGGACAUUUGUGACUAAGGUUUGCAGGUCUCAAGAUUAUACUACUGUACUCUACUGUCUUAGACAGUUAUUUGAAAGGGUUGAGAUUGAUAAAUAUAAGGCUGAGGUGUAUGUAAUAGGCCUUAAAUAUAAGGCCCCAUCAAAGAUAAAUCCACAUUUGUUUGAUGUAAGGCAUCCUUUACAACCUAGAGCAGAGCCCUCAAAGACUAUCUUAUUUGUUGUUGUUUAUGAAGUGCAGGAAUUUGUCUUACUGUUUUCUCAUUUCAGAUGUGAAGAUGAUGGCGAGACAUUUUUCACAAAGGUUUGUUCUGCUUCUGAUUUUGUUUGGUCUUCCAAUCCCUUUGAGAUCCUUGGAUCAGUGACAUCUAUCAGUUUCGAAGAUUCUGCUUCAUCAAAAAUCAAGAAUCACGACUUGACAACUGAAGAGGUGAAAUCCAUUUGUGUUGUUCUUCGUGUUUUGGGAAAGCAAGACUUCAAGCUUCUUUUGAAAUGGCGAAUGGAUAUUAGGAAAGCACUAUCCGCACCUGUUGUAAAGCCUGCUCCUCUUGUAUCGGCUGAUAUUGAGAAUGAUAAAAAGGAGAAUGAAGAAGAGAAGAAGAUGCUUGAUGAGAUGGAAGGCCUAACCUAUUCUAUGGAGCAUAAGAAAACGCGGUCUAAGAAAGAUUUUGCGAAACGAAGAUUAAAGGACAAGAGUCGGAUGGAAACAGGAAUUCAGAUGGAUGGAAUGGAGGUUCAAGAAUUGUUCUCUUUAUCUUCCAUCAAGGGUAAAGAAACUUUAGAAGUUAUUGAUACUGGCGAGGAUGAUAUUGGAGAUUUAGAAGAGAUGAUCAAUGAAGACAAUGAUGAAGGAUCGUCAAGUGACUUGGACACUGAUGAAGAACGGGAAAGGUACGAUGAGCAAUUGGAAGAUAUGCUUGAGAAAGCUUAUGGACGUUAUGUGGUUAGAAGGAAACGAAGAAGAAGCAACAAGUCAAGGCAAAGGAAACGAUUGAAGGUAGUGGAAGCAUUAUCAUUAAAACUCAAACUUGGGCAGGGAAAUGAUGAUUCAGAGGAGGAGGAAGAUGAUCAUGAACCAAAUCCACUUGUUGUAGUUAUUUCUGAUUCUGAAGAAGACACAGCAGCAGCUUCUAAAGAAUCUCUCACUCCGGAAGAGAUCAUGACCAACUGGUUCAGUCAAGACAUCUUUCAAGAAGAAGAAGAAGAAGAAGAUGAUGAUGGAGAGCCCAAAUCUAGUACAACAAUGGAGAUGAAAAGGGUAAAAAAGCAUAGGACAUUCACAAUUCGUUAUGUAAAAAUUGAUGAACGACCCGCCAAGAAGGUUGUGGCGGGCAGGAUAAAAAAGAUGCGUCAUGCAACCAAAAAGCUUGAGAAGAAGACCACAGUUGACCAACUUUACAAUAAGAAGUCAAAUCCUAAUAAAAGAAGGGAAUUCGUUUUGGGACGUAGAUCAAGAGGUGGUGGUCGAUCUAUGGGCAGGAAGAAAAAUAAAUAG